UUCACUAAAAUCAGCUCAAUUCCCAGAGCUCAGACCAUCCCAAAAACCAAUCUUCACUCCAGAUUACCCUCGGCAUCAUUCAGAAAUAGCAGCAGCAUCCCGCCAGAAUCAUCAGAAACAGGAGGAGGAUGCCCAGUCCCUCUGGACCAGCAGCCCAUUAAUGAGUACAAGGCGCUCUCCAAUUCCUUCCCAUUUUCGUGGGCCUCAGCUGGCUUUGUUGAGUACAGCUCCCGCCUCUUUGUCGCCGGAGCUGCCUUUGCCGCCCUAGUCGGCCUACCCGUCUCCUGGUUCGGGUCGGUUGGACCAGAGUCCGACCCUAUCAAACGGGUCCUGGCUGGCGUUUCAAGUGGGAUUCUAGUGAUGACUCUUCUGGUUGUGAGGAUGUACUUGGGCUGGGCUUACGUCGGCAAUAGAUUGCUCAGUGCCACUGUUGAAUAUGAAGAAACAGGGUGGUAUGAUGGGCAGAUGUGGGUGAAGACUGCUGAAGUUUUGGCUCGUGACCGGCUUUUGGGCUCAUUUUCGGUCAAGCCCGUGCUGAGUAGAUUAAAGAAUACUCUGGUAACUCUUGCAAUAUCAUUGUUUAUAUGUGUCGUCAUCUUUUUGAACGUGGAGGGUAGCCAAGAUAGGUCUUACAAGACUUCUGAGGAAGCUGGUGGUAGAGCUGUACCUGGAGUCUACAAUGAUGAGUCUGCUAGAACCUUUGAGCCUGAUGCAUUUUGUGGGGAACCUGCUAUUAACUAAUCUUAAAAACUGUCAGCUAUUAUGUAAAUAUUAUAGAAUGUGAAUUCCUUCCUUUACUGUACAGAUGUGACUGAUGUUGUCAUAUAGGAUCCCUGUAAUCUCUGUAAAUUGGUUCCCCUGAAUUUUGGCAAAAAUUGUAGUUGGUAGUUGGUAGUUUGGAAAAUGCCUGUGGAAGCAUAAGUUCCAACAUGGGUGAACAGAAAAGAAGCACAGCUUUUGCUAGAUGUUGAACAUCCACUAUAAUGAUUACGUGAAUUCUCAGCAUGAAUAUGCCUCUUUUUCUC